AUGUAUGUAUAUGCGUUGUUCAUUGAGUUAUGUGGCCGAAGUCUGCUGCCCGCCUGCUCUCUCUCGUCCGCUCCUUUUUUUUUUUUGACCAUCUGCACGGUUAUUAGGACCUCCGCUGUUGCUGCUGCAGUGACGUCCACGCUCGCUGAUGAUGAUGAUGAUGAUUAUUAUUAUCUAGCGAGGGGAGAAUUGGUGUUUUUUUUUGUUUCCCCACGGCGAGGAGGGGCCGUUCGUGAUGACGACAGAAAGCCGAAGAGACGCGUAUAUCCCUCAGGAAAGACAAGAGAAACAAUAUAUCUAUAUUUGAAAACCAAACCAAACCAAUUCCACAGGCGGAGAAAGGGAGUGAAUAACGGACCGGGAGGGCGGGGUAAUGGCGACGCCAUCAUCAAACUCCGCGACGUGGGCUUUAGCGUGGAGUGGGUAACUAGUCGUCUCUCUCUCUCUCAGCUAUAA